UAUAAAAAUACCCAACAGAAAUAUAAUCAUCAAUUCGAUCGAUUAUUCUUUGGUUAUAACACAAGAGCAAUCAGACACACAUACACACAAUAUCGAUCGUCAUGAUGAAGAGAAGAGUUGUGUUGAGGGUUUCCAACAUGAACAGCCAGAAGUGCCGCACAAAAGCCUUGAAGAUCGCAGUUGCCCUGGCUGGGGUGGAGUCGGUGGCCUUAGUUGGAGAAGAGAGGAACGAGAUCCUAGUGACCGGGGAACGGAUCGACGCCGUAGCGCUGGCGAGCUCGUUGCGGAAGAGCGUCGGAUUUACCGACGUUGUAAGCGUCGCUGAUUUUGACGGCGACCAAAAUGGAGUUUUAGGGACGGAUUUUGUUCAUGGACAAGGGCAGCAGUUGCAGGCAAUUGGUUGGACCAAUGGGAAUGGCAAUAGCGCUGGGCUUAAUUAUGGAGGAGGUUAUAAUGUGGGGGUGCCUAAUUAUUAUCAUAAUGAUAAUUAUGGAUAUGAUAAUCGCCCACGUUAUAAUUGUCAAUACCGUGACUAAUAGAGCGUAUAUUACCCUUGCUAGCUGUCUUCAUUUAUAUACUGUACUAUAUACUAUAAGUGAUUCACAUAUACAUGAUAAGUAUGUAUUGUAAUUUUAUUUCAAUAUAUAAAAGUCUAGGUUUGAGUUACUAUUUAUUAAUGGCUCUCACGCUUCUUCAAGUGUAAGUAGAGAAGUUCCAAGUCAUUCUUUUACCCCACUCUCUUACUCUAUAUCCUAUGUAUUCAUCUAUUGUUUGUUGGCUGGGUCUACAUCUAUUGUCAAUUAGUUCUCUAAUGUUAGGUUUUUGUGUAUUAAUUAAUGUUAGGUUUGUUG